CACUUCCUCUUCUUCCACUUACAACUCUCUCUCUCUCUCUCUCUCUCCGCCGUCUCUUCCUCCGCCGCCAUGGAUCCUUACAAGUACCGCCCCUCAAGUGCGUACAACACGCCCUUUUGCACCACCAACUCCGGUGCACCAAUAUGGAACAACACCGCCGUCAUGUCGGUCGGAGAACGAGGUCCCAUUCUUUUGGAAGACUACCAACUCAUUGAAAAAAUCGCAACCUUCACACGCGAGCGUAUCCCGGAGCGUGUAGUCCAUGCAAGAGGAGCCAGUGCCAAAGGAUUCUUCGAAGUAACCCACGACAUUUCCGACCUCACUUGCGCCGACUUCCUUCGCGCCCCCGGAGUCCAAACUCCAGUCAUCGUCCGAUUCUCCACCGUCAUCCACGAACGCGGUAGCCCCGAGACUCUCCGCGAUCCUCGUGGCUUUGCCGUCAAAUUCUACACACGAGAAGGCAACUUCGAUUUAGUCGGUAACAACUUCCCGGUCUUCUUCGUCCGCGACGCCAUGCAAUUCCCUGACGUCAUCCGCGCAUUCAAACCAAACCCUAAAUCCCAUCUCCAAGAACCAUGGAGAUACCUGGAUUUCUGUUCUUACCACCCCGAAAGCCUAUUGUCGUUCGCUUGGUUUUACGACGACGUCGGCAUCCCGAUCAACUACCGCCACAUGGAGGGCUUCGGCGUGCAAGCCUACUCCUUAAUCAACAAAUCUGGCAAAGCCCGGCUCGUGAAAUUCCAUUGGAAACCCACUUGUGGGGUUAAAAGCAUGAUGGAAGAGGAAGCCAUUAGAAUUGGUGGGACGAACCACAGCCAUGCCACUCAAGAUCUAUACGAGUCAAUAGCCGCCGGGAACUUCCCGGAGUGGAGGCUCUACAUUCAAACCAUUGAUUACGAGGAUCAGAAUAAGUAUGAUUUUGAGCCGUUGGAUACGACGAUCACUUGGCCGGAGGAUGUGGUGCCGUUGCAGCCGGUGGGGCGGUUGGUGUUGAACAAGAACAUAGACAAUUUCUUUGCAGAGAAUGAGAUGUUGGCGUUUUCCAUGUCGUUGGUGCCUGGGAUUCAUUACUCCGAUGAUAAGAUGUUGCAAGCUAGGAGCUUUGCUUAUGCUGAUACUCAAAGGCAUCGCCUUGGCCCUAAUUACCUUCAGCUUCCGGUCAAUGCUCCCAAGUGUCCGCAUCAUAAUAACCAUCAUGAGGGGUUUAUGAACUUCAUGCAUAGAGAUGAAGAGGUGAAUUACUUUCCUUCUAGAUAUGAUCCUUGCCGGCAUGCUGAGAAGUUUCCGAUGCCGCCCAAUGUGUUGACCGGAAAAAGAGAAAGGUGUGUGAUUCCAAAGGAGAAUAACAACUUCAAGCAAGCUGGGGAUAGAUAUCGAUCAUGGGCACCGGACAGGCAAGAUCGGUUUGUGAAGCGGUUUGUGGAAGCGUUGUCAGAUCCCCGCGUGACGCACGAAGUUCGCAACAUAUGGAUCUCUUAUUGGUCUCAGGCUGAUAGGUCUCUGGGGCAGAAGAUAGCGUCUCGACUGAACGUGAGGCCGAACAUCUAAGAAAAAGAAGCAAGCCCAACACUAGUAUUAGUACAUGGGGGUUUCCCUUGCAAUGGGUGAUGUUAAUAUGCUAAAGGGCUUUUUAAUUUUGGUGCUUUGUUGCUCCCUAUAAAAAAAAAAAAAAAAAGGCCUUUUCGAUAUCGAACUUAUAAACGUAUGGAAGCUUACAGCUUUGGAUUCGUUUUAUCAGUGAUAAAAAUGUCUUCCAAUCGUAA